AUGAAUUCGACAAUCGGUGACGAAGUGGUCAACAAUCAAGUGAUGGUUCAACUGAUGGUUCAACUGAUGGCAUGGAGCCAAAGGUAUGACACAAUCACUCGCACCGCUGUUUCUUACCAUCACUUCUUGGGAUCUGUUUAUUGCCAUUCAGUGAUGAUCCGGACCUAUGGCUGUCAGAUGAAUGUCAACGACACACAAAUUGCCUCAACUAUUCUCCUCAACUCUGGCUAUCAUUUGGUCGAUGAUAUCAAUCAAGCCGAAAUAGUACUUCUGAUGACGUGUGCCAUCAGAGAGAACGCGGAGAUCAAAGUGUGGAAAAAACUGCACGAAUUGUCGGCCAUGAAGACCGACGGCCGCCUCAGACAAAUCGGUCUCUUGGGAUGUAUUGCCGAACGAUUGAAGACCGAAAUACUGGCCAAACACGAGUCAAUUGAUGUGAUCGCCGGUCCCGACAGUUAUCGCGAUUUACCGAAACUCCUGGCCAUCAAUCGAUUGACGGCUCAAAACGCGGUCAACGUAUUGCUGUCUUUCGACGAAACCUAUGCCAAUAUAAUGCCCACAAUUAGCAAAUCAUCGGUCAGUGCUUUCGUGUCUAUUAUGAGGGGCUGUGACAACAUGUGCUCGUAUUGUAUCGUUCCCUUCACGAGGGGUCGCGAGAGGUCACGAGCUAUCGAAUCCAUUGUCGACGAAGUGAGACAACUGUCCGGAUCGGGUAUUAAAGAGAUUACGCUUUUGGGUCAAAAUGUUAACAGUUAUCGCGACUUAAGUCACCACAAGUCCGGCGAAUCCAGUGUUUCAUUAGUGCCCGGCUUUAAGACUGUAUAUAAGCCGCGUUCGGGUGGACUCACGUUCGAUGUGUUGCUCGACGAAGUGGCCAGAGUUGACCCGAAUAUGCGGAUCCGAUUCACGUCUCCGCACCCGAAAGACUUUGACGAAAGAGUGCUUCACGUGAUUCAAAGGCAUCACAAUAUCUGCAAAUGCAUUCAUCUUCCCGUCCAGAGCGGCAGUAACCACGUGUUGGCCCGCAUGAGAAGGGGUUACACACGGGAGGCGUACCUGUCAUUAGUGGAGCGCAUCCGACAAAUCAUACCCAACUGCGCGCUCACGAGUGACUUUAUCUGCGGCUUCUGCGGCGAAACAGAGGCCGAACACAACCAGACCGUGGAUCUGAUGUCACGAGUGAAAUACAGCACCGCCUAUACGUUCGCAUAUAGUAUGCGCCGUAAGACUCACGCCUUCCACACUCUUACCGAUGAUGUGCCGCAAGAGGUGAAGAUCGCGCGACUCAACCAAAUCCAUCAAUUGUAUCGUGAGAUCGCACUGAAGGAGAAUCGGUCACUGAUUGGCGAACAACAGCUCAUUCUCAUCGAAGGCGACAGUAAGAAGUCGGCGGACGAGCUGUACGGACGCAAUGAGGCCAACCUGAAGGUGAUUGUGCCUAAAGUCGAUAUACCUGUCAGUAGUGGUGACACAACUAGUCUGCGACCUAUGGCUCCGGGAGAUUACGUGUUGGCGCGCAUUGACAACUGUUCGGCCAUCACUUUAAUGGCCACUCCUAUCAGUCACCAAAUGCUCAGCAAUUAG